UCCCCUUCCUUACAACAACGCAAAGAGAGAGAGGAAGCAUUUGCAUGUGUGAGAGGAGGGAGGAGAGAGAAAGCAGGUGGGGUUUCACCUUUUGGGGCUCAGAGACUCGGGGUAACGAAGAAGGCGUAACCCCCCUGAAGGAGACUGGGUCUCGACCAUUAAAUCUACCGAUCGAUACAUUUUUCCUCCCUCUGCAAUCAAAAUCCUUAGGUUGAUUGUUCUUUGAUCGAUCGAUUGGGUUUUUCCGGUCUUUGAUGAUUGUGUGAUUAGAAGGAACUUGUUAAUAUUGUUGUGUACCAUAAUCUUUUCAACUGUUGUGAGUAUAUAUAUCUGUUCUAAUGCAAGGUCAAAGGGGUACCGUCCAGUCCUUCCUUGAUACAUUUGAAUUUGAGACUGGUUCUAGCUCUAGUACAUCUGGUGUUGAGCAACCGCUAUACUGGAAUAAUAUGAUGAAUCCAGUCGAGACGGGGUCGUUGCCAGAUUUUGUACUCUCUCCGAGUGAUGCCAACAUAGCAUUUGUGAGCCAGGAUGGGAGCUUGGGUGGUUGGUCUGUUGGUGGGUCUAGCGCUGGUGAGCAUUCAUUAAAUCGAGUUGGUCAUGAUGAUGUAAAAGUGGAUCGAGGGUGGAGUUCUUCAUUAACCAUUCCAUCUGGAAGUGAUGCCAGGUUAGAGGAAAGGACAUUGGAGCAACCCAAUGUUCUUUCAUUUGAAACCGUGGAUCUCAGCCUCAGCACCGAUCAUGUUGCUAAUGACCCUUUGGUCUUUCAAAACUCCAACGCUCAGGGUUCUAACCUAAAUUUAGGAGGCUAUGCUGGCAAUGACUUUAUGGAGCACGACUCUUGUCCUCAUUCAUAUAAAUCCAGUGGUCCUGAGUCUGAGCACAUUUCAUCAGCUGACCCUGGUGGGACAAAUAACGCUGGUCAUCUUGGUGAAGGUAGCAGUGGUACUAGAUCGAGUUUAUCAGUUGAUCAUGGAAGACGUGUUUCCUGCAAAAGGAAGAAUGUAGAAGGAGUAUCUGGUCAGUCAUCUAUGGUUGGAACCUCUAGUUCAUUCCCACAUGAUGACGAAAGUGUCCAGCUCUCGCUUCCUUCUCGGGCGAAUGCUACUGGCAGUAGUUCAAGUACUUCUAUACCCACUGUUGGUAAUUCCGCAGAUGAUCAAUUGAACCCAAGACUUGGAAUUAAUAUCAAUGGAGCGGCUCCUGACUGCCAUACUGCUCUACCAGUGGGUGGAAAUGCAGAGAGCUCGCAAAGAAGCUUUCGUAUGAGAGUCAACCCCAUUUAUCAGCAAGAUUCAGCUUCUUCCCCCCAUUUAUGGCCUACUGGUAAUCCCACUCGUCGUGCCCAUACUAUGACUCCCCAUGCAUCAUCAUCUGGUAGACUGAUGCAGGCUCCAGAUUUGAGAGCAUCCUCGAGUUCUUCUCCUCUUAACCACCUCAGUAUACCCCACCGUCUUCCUAGUCUUCAUCGAAGUCCUCGCUCGUUUGGUUGGAGUGGAGCUUCUAUCCCAAGAAUUGGCAGCACAUCUGGUUCAACUGUAUUUUCAGGGGAGAGACCCACUGUUUUGAGGGAUGAUGCGAGUUCAAGAGCCAGAAGUACCUUAGAGCAUGCCUUGUUAGCACCUACCCCAGAAAUGAGACCAUUACCCCACGAUCCAGCUCCUUGGAGCUCUCCUAAUGGGAAUGUAAACUUGCCUGGGAAUGUUGCUUCUACUUCCCGAAAUGGUUCAAAUCCAAGCAAUACCCAUUCUGCAUCAUCGUCAAACUUGGUUCCUCAUCAGGUGCCUCUGUCUCAUUUUCCAAGAAGGUUAUCAGAGGUUGUUCGAAGAUCAUUGUUUUCAGCUCCAGGCUCUGAGCAGGGAAGUCAAAGCAGUACUUUUCCUCCUAUACGACCAGUUCCUUCUACUUCAUCCACAGAGAUUGUGAUGCCAUCUUCUGGUGGUGGUGGUAGUAAUAUACAGGGGCAUCAGCCGCAUCUAAGGUCAGCUUUCUUGAUGGAUCGGCAUGGUGAUGGUGCUCCAGGAGUUCCCUUACCAGUACGAAAUUGGGCGGCUGCAAGUGAAGGGCGAAGUAGGCUUGUUUCUGAGCAGAUUCGCAACGUUUUGGAUCUUAUGCGUCGGGGUGAAAAUUUGAGAUUUGAGGAUGUUUUGAUCCUUGACCAAUCGGUAUUUUACGGUGUUGCUGAUUUGCAUGAUCGACAUAGGGACAUGCGUCUUGACGUGGAUAACAUGUCAUAUGAGGAACUUUUGGCAUUGGAGGAACGCAUAGGGAAUGUGAGCACUGGACUUAACGAGGAAACUGUCGUGAAGUGUUUAAAACAACGCAAGUAUGUGGCAAUCACAAAUGCAUCUGUAGAGGUUGAGCCAUGCUGCAUUUGCCAGGAAGAAUAUGUGGAUGAUGAAGAGCUUGGAACACUGAAUUGCGGGCAUGACUUCCAUACCGCCUGUAUCAAACGAUGGCUGAUGCACAAAAAUUUGUGCCCUGUUUGUAAAACAACGGCAUUGGUUACAUGAUAGAGAGAGAGAGAGAGAGAGAGAGAGAGAGAGAGAGAGAGAGGGCGUAGGCCUGGCUCUCUUGGAUAUUAAGAGGGUGGGGCAUGAAUGAGUGCUCCUCUCAUUUGUCAAAUCCAAUAUGCUGGAUAAUAUUUGUGUCAAAUUUCAUUUUCUUUUAAUCCCAUGUUUGAGGUGAUGGGCUGACUUGUUAGUGUCUAGUCUUGUGAAGGGUCUCAACACUUCGCCAAAUUGGGCAUGCGCCAGCUGUAGGGUGGGAUAGAUUUAGUAACGGUCUCCUGCUACAUACACUGCUUCUUAUCAUGCAUUGUAUAUAAAGACUUGGAUACACAUACCUAUGGUUCUGCAUUAAGAGAUUGCUCUCUAUAAAAGGACUCGCAUGUGAAGAUCA